UUUCUUUGUCUUUCACGAGGCCAACGAGGGAAAGUCACUCCUGUGCUUGAAGUCAAAAUAAACUAAAGCAGUUCAUAUCUAAGAAGCUGUGCAGCAUGGAGGAGGAAACAGAUGUGUUAGCUGCAGUUUCAUCUACUGUAGAAAUACAGUCAAAUGAAUUGACAGAGUUUUCAUCUUCUGAAGAUUUGAAACCAGAUCUAUCGGCCAUAUUUUCAUCUUCUGCUGGCAUCAAAACAGAAUUAUUGACAUUUAUUAAUUUCCAGGAUAUAAAACCUAACAUGUCAUUUAAAACUUCUCAAGAUGUUAAACCUGAUAUUAAUUCAGAAUUUUCUUCUUCUAAUGACAUAAAAGUAAAACCAGAAUUAUCAUUUUUUAAUGUUCAGGAUAUAAAACCUAACAUGUCAUUUAAAACUUAUCAAGAUGUUAAACCUGAUAAUACAUUUUCAAUUGAAAAAAUUAAUAAGAAACCUGCUGCAUCAGCAGAAUUUUUAACAUCUGAAAGUUUAAAACCAGAAUUAUCAACUACUGAAAAUUUAAAACAAGAUUUCACAACAGAAUUUUUAUUUUUUGAGGAUAUACAAGAAAAUGGACUUGAAGAUAAUCUACAAUUGUCUAGGGACAACGAAUAUAAAAUUUCUCAAAGAUCUGAAAGUAAUAUGCAUAACAAUGCUCAUUCUGAAGAUAAGCCAUAUGAGUGUGAUGUUUGUCAUAAAAGGUUUUCUAGAAAUUCUAAUUUAAAACUACAUAAAAAAGUUCAUUCAGGAGAUAAACCACAUGAAUGUGAUGUUUGUCAUAAAAGGUUUUAUCAAGGUUCUAAUUUAAGAGAACAUAAAAUGGUUCAUUCAGGAGAAAGGCCACACGAAUGUGAUGUUUGUCAUAAAAGAUUUUCUAGUUCUCAGUUAAAAGCACAUAAAAGGAUUCAUUCAGGAGAUAAACCACAUGAAUGUGAUGUUUGUCAUAAAAGGUUUUCUCAUAUUUGUUAUUUAAGAAAUCAUAAAAUGGUUCAUUCAGGAGAAAGGCCACAUGAAUGUGCUGUUUGUCAUAAAAAGUUUAGUCAGAAGAUACAUUUAUCAUUACACAAAAAAGUUCAUUCUGGUGAUAAGCCAUAUAAGUGUGAGGUCUGUCUUAAAAGGUUUUCUCAAAGUUCUCAUUUAAGAGAACAUAAAAAAGUUCAUUCAGGAGAAAGGCCAUAUAAAUGUGAUGUUUGUUAUAAAAGGUUUUCUAUAAGUUCUAAUUUAAAAAGACAUAAAAAAGUUCAUUCAGAAAAUCUACAAUUGUCUAGGGACAACGGAAAUAAAAUUGUUUAUUAUCAUCAAACAUUUUCUCAAAGUUCUGAAAGUAAUAUGCAUAACAAUGUUCAUUCUAAAGAUAAGCCAUAUAAGUGUGAGGUCUGUCUUAAAAGGUUUUCUCAAAGUUCUCAUUUAAGAGAACAUAAAAUGGUUCAUUCAGGAGAAAGGCCACAUGAAUGUGAUGUUUGUCAUAAAAGAUUUUCUAGUUCUCAGUUAAGAGCACAUAAAAAGAUUCAUUCAGGAGAUAAACCCCAUGAAUGUGAUGUUUGUCAUAAAAGGUUUUCUAGAAAUUGUGAAUUAAAAAUACAUAAAAAUGUUCAUUCUGGAGAAAAGCCAUAUGAAUGUGAUAUUUGUCAUAAAAAGUUUAGUCAGAAGAUAAAUUUGUCAUAUCACAAAAAUGUUCAUUCUGGAGAUAAGCCAUAUGAAUGUGAUGUUUGUCAUCACAAGUUUUCUCAAAGGUGUAACUUCAGUACACAUAAAAAGAAGCAUUCAGAAGAAAAGGCAUAUAAUUCUGGAGAUAAGCCAUAUGAAUGUGAUGUUUGUCAUAAAAGGUUUUCUCAAAGUUCUGGUUUAAGUUAUCACAAAUAUGUUCAUUCUGGAGAUAAGCCAUUUGAAUGUGAUGUUUGUCAUAAAAGGUUUACUCGAAGGUCUACCUUAGGUAAACAUAAAAAGAUUCAUUCAGGAGAAAAGAUGUAUAAUUGUGAUGUAUGUCAUAAAAAAUUUGUGGAUAUGAAGGAUCUCUUACGACAUAAAAUUGUUCAUUCUGGAGAUAAGCCAUUUGAAUGUGAUGUUUGUCUGAAAAGAUUUUCAAAUAGUUCUCAUUUAAGAAGACAUAAAAAGGUUCAUACAGGUGAAAGGCCACAUAAAUGUGAUGUUUGUCAGAAAAGGUUUUUAGAUAGUUCUAACUUAAGUAAACAUAAAAAGGUUCAUUCAGGUGAAAGGCCACAUGAAUGUGAUGUUUGUCAUAAAAGAUUUUCUAGAAAUUUUACUUUAAGAACACAUAAAAAGAUUCAUUCGGAAAGGCCACCUGAAUCAUGAUGAAUGUUAUGUUUGUCCUAUAAGGUUUGCUUGGAAAUGUGGUUUAUUAAGAGAUAAUUUUGUUCUUUUGGGGGAAAAGCCAUAUGAAUUAGAUGUUUGUCCUAAAUGAUUUACUCAGAAUAGUUAUUUAAUUCUGGAGAUAAGCCGUAUGAAUGUGAUGUUUGUCAUAAAAGGUUUACUUGAAAAUCUAACUUAGGUAAACAUAAAAAGAUUCAUUCAGGAGAAAAUUGUGAUGUUUGUCAUAAAAAAUUUGUGGAUACGCAGGAUCUCUUACGACAUAAAAUUGUUCAUUCUGGAGAUAAGCCAUUUGAAUGUGAUGUUUGUCUGAAAAGAUUUUCAAAUAGUUCUCAUUUAAGAAGACAUAAAAAGGUUCAUACAGGUGAAAGGCCACAUGAAUGUGAUGUUUGUCAGAAAAGGUUUUCAAAUAGUUCUCAUUUAAGAACACAUAAAAAGGUUCAUUCAGGAGAUUAACCACAUGAAUGUGAUGUUUAAUAUAAUAUGUUUUCUCAAUAUUCCAAUUUAAGAACACAAAAAUAUUCAUUCAGAUGAAAGGCCACAUGAUGAAUGUGAUGUUUGUCCUAUAAAAUUUGCUUGUAAGUGUGAUUUAUUAAGACAAUUUUGUUCAUUUGGGAAAAAAUCCAUAUGAAUUUGAUGUUAAUCCUAAAUGAUUUACUCAGAAUAGUUUAACUACACAUAAAAAAACUUUUUUUUGGCCAUAAAUGGUUUUUUUACGUUCUCAAUUAAGUGCACAUGAAAAAGUUCAUUUAUGAGACAAGCUAUAUGAAAGUGGUAUAUGUCAUUAAAGGUUUUCUAGAAGUUGUAGUCUAAUUGAUGUUUUACAUAAACAAUUUUCUCAAAUUUAAAUAGUCUAAAAAAAUUCAUUCUAGAUCUAUAUGUAAGACAGAGGAAUUUGAUGUUGGUAAGGAAAUAUUUUCUUAUAAUUUUACUUUAUAUAGUCAAAGAAAUUCAUCAUGACUUAAAACCAAUUUAAAAUCAUUUUUUAACAUAAACAAUUAAUAUCUAUAGCAAAUUGUUAUUAAUAAAUUUCUUAUAAUUUUUCUCUGCACAUAACUUCCAAUAGUGAGCCAUAGUUGAUAAACAUUUGUAUUAUAAAAAGGUUCUUUUGUCAAAGAGUAUACCUCGUCAAUUAUUAUAGAUACUCGAAAAAGAAAUUGUAUUCUGACUGUAAAAGGAAGUAGCAUCCUAUUGUCAGCUGCAUGUGUACAUUUCUUCUUUAAGUAUCCUACUUCUUUUUGUGUUAUUUGUAAAUAUGUAUGAUAGGAGAAGUAAGCUAUCACUUUAGGGGCCGAGGGUUUUAUUUUUAUACCAGCAUGAUUUUGUUCAGGCCACACAGUUAAUUUGCCUGUUUCAGAUUAUAUAAAGUUGACAAUGCACAUUCAUUGGGAUAAGGAACCUGAUGAAACCAAUUACACAUUAACAAUAACAGAAGCUAAUUAAAAUAAAACACGCUGUUCAAGUUUAAUGUAUUAUUUACAUUUACUAGAUGUUUACAAUAUAUGUAGGCCCUACUGUUAAACAAUUCUUAACUUUAUAGUAUUUACACUACUCACUAACAGCUCAAUCGGACAAACAGUGACAUGACAGAAUAUCGUGUUAACAGUUAAUAGGACCUACAUUAGACAAGUACAAUGA